AGGGGGGGGGAGGCGGCGGCGGCCGGGACGCGAUCGGUGCCGGCGGGGAGCGGCGCGGAGCCGGGCGGGAGGCGGCGGCGCCCGGGCCCAUGGAGCUGGAGAACAUCGUCGCCAACACCGUCCUGCUUAAGGCCCGUGAAGGUGGUGGCGGAAACCGGAAGGGCAAGAGCAAGAAAUGGCGCCAGAUGCUGCAGUUCCCCCACAUCAGCCUCUGCGAGGAUCUCCGGCAAGCCCUCGAGCGGGACUACCACAGCCUGUGCGAGAGGCAGCCCAUCGGGCGCACGCUGUUCCGGCAGUUCUGCGAGACGCGCCCCGAGCUGUCGCGCUGCGUCAAGUUCCUGGACGCCGUGGCCGGGUACGAGGUGGCUCCGGACGAGAAGCGGAAGGAAUGCGGGCAGCACCUGAUCGAGAAGUACCUGAAGCCAAAGAGCGAGGACCAUGUGCCUGAAGUCCCCUCCCAGCUGGUGGAUGCCUGUUGCGAGCGGCUGGAGCAGGAACCUUCCAAGGAGCUCUUCAAGGAAUCCACCAAGCUUAUCCACGACUACCUGAGUGUGGCUCCCUUUGCCGACUACCUCGACAGCUUGUACUUCAACCGCUUCCUGCAGUGGAAAUGGCUGGAACGGCAGCCAGUGACCAAAAACACUUUCCGCCAGUACCGUGUGCUAGGCAAGGGCGGUUUUGGAGAGGUUUGUGCCUGCCAAGUGCGUGCCACGGGGAAGAUGUACGCCUGCAAGAAACUGGAGAAGAAACGGAUCAAAAAGCGGAAGGGAGAGGCCAUGGCCCUGAACGAGAAACAGAUCCUGGAAAAAGUGAACAGUAGGUUUGUAGUGAGCUUAGCCUAUGCAUAUGAAACUAAAGAUGCUCUCUGCCUAGUGCUGACCCUCAUGAAUGGAGGGGACCUCAAGUUCCAUAUCUACCACAUGGGAGAGGCUGGCUUCGAGGAGCCCCGGGCAGCUUUCUAUGCUGCUGAGAUCUGCUGUGGCCUCGAGGACUUGCACCAGGAGAGGAUAGUGUACAGGGACCUGAAGCCAGAGAACAUCUUGCUGGAUGACCAUGGUCACAUCCGUAUCUCAGACCUGGGGCUGGCUGUGCACGUGCCCGAGGGCCAAACAAUCAAGGGACGUGUCGGGACAGUCGGCUACAUGGCUCCAGAGGUUGUGAAGAACGAGCGCUACACGUUCAGCCCGGACUGGUGGGCUCUGGGCUGCCUGGUGUACGAGAUGAUCGAGGGGCAGUCGCCCUUCCAGCAGCGCAAGAAGAAGAUCAAGCGGGAGGAGGUGGAGCGCCUGGUGAAGGAUGUGCAGGAGGAGUACUCAGAGAAGUUCUCGCCCUGCGCCCGCUCCCUCUGCACCAUGCUCCUGUGCAAAGACCCCCUGGAGCGCCUGGGCUGCCGAGGGGCUGGGGCCCGGGAAGUGAAGGAGCACCCCCUCUUCAAGCACCUCAAUUUCCGGAGGCUGGAAGCAGGCAUGCUGGACCCCCCCUUCAAACCAGACGUAAGUGCUGCCCACGUCCUGACCUCGUCACUCGCUGGCGCCGUCGAGGGAAGCGGGAGCCCCCGGGUGGCUCCCCGAGGAGCUGGGGUCCUUCCCUCUUUCUGGAGCUGCUGCCCUGGCCACAGACACAAGCGGAUUCCCAACAUCCACAGCUGUCUCAGUGGGUGGCAUCACGGCGGGGCCCGGCGUUACAGCCGUGUUUGUGCUCUUCAGCCCCAGGCCAUCUACUGCAAGGACGUUCUGGACAUCGAGCAGUUCUCCACGGUGAAAGGCGUGGAGCUGGAGCCCACGGACAAUGACUUCUACCAGAAGUUUGCUACAGGGAGCGUGCCCAUUCCUUGGCAGAACGAGAUGAUCGAGACGGAGUGCUUCAAGGAGCUGAAUGUCUUCAGCACGGAUGGCUCAGUGCCCCCAGACCUGGACUGGAAAGGGCAGCCUUCCCCGCAGCCCAAAAAAGGGUUACUCCAGCGCUUCUUCAGCAGACAGAGGUGAGCAGUCCCUCCCGGCUGCUCUGCUCAGGGAAAUACCCGGUGGCCCACGGACAUGGCAAGAUCUGGGAAGGAGGAGUGUUGUCCUUCAGUGCCUAACCCCGUCCCCCCACCAGAGCACAAGCUGCUUGUUGUCCUAACUGCCCCCUGAGCCACUAAUCCCGCUUCCCUCCUCUCUCUGCCUUCCCUGCUGGGGGGAAGCCUUGCCCUUGGCUUGAGCCAAAGCUGCCCCUGUACCGCCGGGAGCUCUGCUCCUGGGGGGCUGCGGGGAGCCCCGGGUUGCCUUUGCUCCUCUCCUUGGAUGUCCAGGAUACACAGAAGGGUUGAGAAACUGUGAAGGGUUUGGCGUAGGCCUGUGCUCAGCCCCCCUCCCGAGGGCUUCAGCUGCUUUCCGUGGCCUGCUGAGCCCUGCCUGGGGCAGACCCUGCUGGCACUGAGCUGUCUCCCCGGGUGGCUGUAGUCCAUGGAGCCCCUCUUCCUCCCAGCUUCUGAGCUAGUCAGCCGUGUGCUCACAAGUUCGUCUGCCAGGAGCCAAACCCCAAGGUGCAGCUUUGUUUCCCUGCAGCCCUGGGGUUCCCCUCCAGCCCCUCGCCUCCACGUAGCUCUCCCACGCGCAGGCCUGGGGGGCCUGGCCCGUCCCUGCCAGGGGGCAGCUGGGGGCUGGGUUGUGUGACCGUGCUCACCCUGUGCUUGCUGUGCUCCUCUCUCCCUCCUCCCUCUCGUUGCCCUUCUGACUUCAGGACUGUUGUGGGAACUGCAGCGACAGCGAGGAAGAGCCCACCCGGCUGUAGAGCACAGCUCGUUCUCCAGCCCCUGGGACCCCCUUGCCUCUCCGGGCGCCCAGCAGAAUGAGAGGCCGGCCCGAAGGACGAGGCAGCAGUGGCCCCGCAAGGUGGAUUUGUUUACAGCUUUACCAGUCUAGCUGAAGGCUCUGAGGACGGCUCCAGCGCUGGCAGCAGCACUCAGCGCCUGCCCUGUGCCCGAGAACCUCCGGCCACGGGCGAGCCAACGUCCCCAGGACAGACGUGGACCGUCCUGAGCAUCCUGCUGGGGAUGGUGCCGCUGCCGCCUGCCGGCUGCUGCUCCCCUCUGGGGCCGAGGGCGGCGGGGAGGGAUCGCGCCGGCGUGGGCCAAGGCCGGGCUGGAGCAGCUCUGCUGCCACAUUCCGUGGUGUCGAAGCGGCGCCGCAGGUUUGGUGUGUAUUUAUAUCCGUCGGUCUGUACAUAGCACACGUCAGUUUUUAAUCUAUAGGGGGGGGGCCUGCGCUGCCCCCACCCUGUCACAGGCACAAAUGUCCUCCUAUGGGGGGAGCGACGAUCCCAGCUUCGUACCGGGGAGUCCUGGGCAAAGGCCUUCUGUGCCUUGAGGUGUAAAAGCAUCUUAUCCUGGACCUUUCUGGCCAUGCUGAGGCGUCCCUGGCUCCAGAGGAGUCCAUUGCUCAGCCCUGAGGCGCGGGAAUCUCCUGUGCCGAAGCAUCUACCAUUGCAUCCCGGCAGCAGAGCGUCACUGCCUCGUCCCUGCUUCCCUGCCUGCGUCCUCCUGCCUCCUCCCUCGCGUGCUGCCGGCUCCAGGGGCUGAUCCUCAGCCCGCCGGCAGCCUGCCUGCAGCGCACCAGGGGACGUAGCCACUCCGGCAGCAGCCGCUCAGAAGGUAGAGCCCCAAGGGUCGAUCUCCUGCGUGGUGCAGGGUGUCCCCAGCACGGUCCCGCCAGCUCUGGACCAGCCAUCUGUGCUCGCUGGGGUGCAGGCAGUCCCUCGGGACGGCAGCGCAGACACGUAAGGGGAUGUGCUCUUGGGGUGCAGAGGGAGCACCCCCAGGGUCCUCCAUCCCACAGGAGCCAACGUGGCUGUGCCUAAGGGCAGAGGGUGGUGGGACCUGAGCCCCCGCAGGGGUCCUGCGUGUCCCCGGGGAGCAACACGGGGCUCAGCACGGCUCCCCUGCCCCUGUCCCGCUCGUCCUGUCUUGUCUCGUGCAUGUUUGUCCUGGCCGUGUCCCUAGCAAUAACUGGUCUGUGUGUGUGUGUGUGUACACGUGUGUGUGUGUACACGUGUGUGUGUGCUGCCGCCCCCUGCUCCUUCUGAGCCAGGCCCCGCGGGUGGGCUGAGCACCUACUUGGACCUGUGGUAUCGUUUGCUUGCCUUGCACUAAAGUUUGGAAAUAUUUAAAUUUUUAACCUGUCGUUAAGCGUGCGAUUUGCCGCGCCUCGUGCUGCUGCCGCGGCGAGGGGAAGGGGGGCAGAAGGGCGCCGCGCCGGGCGGGUUGGGUUGCGGGCAGGGUGCUGGCUGUCAGCGUAGGGAGGAGAGGGGAGGCCCCAUGGCCUUGCGCCCGGUUGCCGGUGGCCGUGGGCUCUGCCGGUGCUCCCGGCGUGCAGAGGUGGUGCUGAGCGCCGGGGCCUGCGGGUGGCCCUCGGUGGCUUCUCCCGGGCGGUUUGGACACUGCAGGGGUGUGACAGGCACAAAGCCUCGUGCCGCGGGGUGUGCUAGGGGGCUGCUGUGGUCCCCUUUGGGACACGUCCCCAGAAUCCCCCGCCUGCCCUCGGCACAGCCCCUCCUGAGCGCGGGGCAGCCCCAGAGCUGAGCCCGGUGUGCGCAGGGGCCGAGUUCCGCCGCUGCCCCCGUACCCACGGGUGGCAUCACCGAGGGCUCCGUGUGUGGGACGGGACGCCCAGGGCCCGGCACGGGGCUUGGGGCCAGCAGAGCCACCGGGAGGGGGGACACAGAGGGCGGCAGCCUGGCCUGGGAGAGGGUCGGGGCCCUGCAGGGUGGGCCGGGAGCCCGGUGCCGGUGGCGGGGCCGUCGGCAGCCUGGUGCGCAGCGCGGGGUGGCCGCGCACAGCUGCACAGGGAUGAGAAUAGCAAGUGCGGCUGGGUAGCUAGGGAACAGUUGCCAUGGGAGCGGGCCGAGGAGGAGUUCUCACACUCGGAGGGGGCAUCUUGGGGUAAAAUCCAGGAAUUUUCUGCAGCCGUGGAAGAAAGGAAGGCACGGCGGGGGGAUGGGGAGCGAUGGGGAGAGCUGCGCCCAUGGCACCGGUUUGGGCUGGUCCUGAUGCCAUUUUGGCACUGCCUGGGCUGCAGCACCCAGGCUUGGGGGUCCUGGGGUCACCAGCACGAUGCUGGUGAUGGGCACCGCGGCUUCUCGGGUGGGGCUGGGGGCUGGGAGCCCAGGGCCAAGCCCCAUGAGGGCACGGGAAGGGCUCUGCCUCGCCCAGCGGUGCCCCAGUCCCAACAGCCGGGGGGGGCCCGUGUCCCCAUCCAUGUCCCUGCAGGCGGGGAGCAGCGUGUGCCCUGCGUGCUGCUGUAGGGCCCCUGGAAAAAGCCCGGCCCGAGACGUUCCCAGCCACAUCCAGGGCACGUGGGGCCCACGGGUGAGCCGCAUGGGGGGGGGGGGGGGGGGAGGGUAGGCUGCCACAGGGGUGCUGAGCACCCCGGGCCCUGCCCCGAGCCGUGGGGCUGUGGAGGCAGCGCCGCACACACGAUUUUCAGGGGUGAAGGAUGCUCUCAGCUGUUGCCUGGGCAACAGCUCCUCCUCCGGCCCACCAUGUGGCUCGGGGAGCGCUCCCCCGCCUGCCUCCCCCCGCCGCCGCCGUGGGGAAGGCAGCUCCCGGCCCCUGGCGCUGGCGGGGCCGGAGGCCGGGCUCCCACCGCCCGCGGGGCGCCCGCUGCCCACCCGCUCGCCUCGGCCUGACGAUGCCGCCCGUGCCCCCCGCCUGCCCCUCGCUCGUGCCCAAGGGGAGCGCCGCGGCCCCCCUGCAUGGCUGCAGCCCCCUGCCCACCCCGCCAGCCGCUCGGGCGACCCCGCAACCACCGCCGAGGCGGCCCGGCCGCGCUGCAGCGCUCUGAGAGCACACCGCAGGAGCCGAGGCCCAGCGAGGUGAGUCGGGGACGGAGCAAAGGGGGCCGGAGGGACGAGGCCAGCACGGUGCCGAGGCCGGGACGGACGAGGGAACCGCUCUGCCCAGCUGGGCACGGCGAUGGCAGCAGCGGGCUGCGCUGCCCGGUGU